AUGCCCUGGCGCAGAGCCAGAGGGACCCAGGUCACGCUCCCUUUUGCAAGGGCUGGCGCGCGGAGAGCGCGCUUUGGCACCAGGCGGGCGCGGGAGUGCGGGGCGCACGACCCUGACACGCCCUCUGAAAUCCACUGGGGCUGGGGGCGCUUGGUCACUGAACUCGGUCGCCGAGUGUUCCGCGCCAAGUCCGCGCGACAGGUCUUAUUGCCCGGUGUCGGAAAUGAGGUGCCCGGGCGGGGCCGCGUUUGGGACGGCCGCUCCGCCACCCCUGCCGCUCCCGCCUCUCUCCCGGGAUUUUCCGCUCCCCCGCUCCGCCCGAGCCUCCCGGGCUCCCCUGGUCGGUCCGCGCUGCGCCCCAUCGCCCCCGCGCGCCCGGGCGCGAGCCCUCCCGCCCCGGCAGCCCUCCGGCUCCCCGCGCCUGGCCUCCGGGACCCCGCGCGCCGCCCCGCGCCAGGGCUCGGCCCCAGAGCCGCGUCCGCGUCGCCGCCGCUCGCGCGGGUCCCGGCUAUGCGCCCCCGCGCCGCGCCCCGCGCCCCCGCCGGCGCCGGCGCCGCGCUGGGGCUCUGCAGCCUCCUGCUGCUGCUCCCGCCAGGACCCGCGUGCCCCGCGGGCUGCGCCUGCAGCGACCCGCACACCGUGGACUGCCGCGACCGCGGGCUGCCCAGCGUGCCCGACCCCUUCCCCCUGGACGUGCGCAAGCUGCUGGUGGCCGGGAACCGCAUCCAGCACAUCCCCGAGGGCUUCUUCAUCUUCUACGGCGACCUGGUCUACCUGGACUUAAGGAACAACUCUCUGCGCUCCCUGGAGGAGGGCACGUUCAGCGGCUCGGCCAAGCUCGCCUUCCUCGACCUCAGCUACAACAACCUGACCCAGCUGGGCGCCGGCGCCUUCCGCUCGGCCGGGAGGCUGGUCAAGCUGAGCCUGGCCAACAACAACCUGGCGGGCGUGCACGAGGCCGCCUUCGAAACCCUGGAGUCGCUGCAGGUGCUGGAGCUCAACGACAACAACCUGCGCAGCCUCAACGUGGCCGCCCUGGCCGCGCUGCCUGCGCUGCGCACGCUGCGCCUGGACGGGAACCCCUGGCUCUGCGACUGCGACUUCGCCCACCUCUUCUCCUGGAUCCAGGAGAACGUGUCCAAGCUGCCCAAAGGCCUCGACGAAAUCCAGUGCUCCCUGCCCGUGGAGAACAGGAGGAUAUUCCUGCACGAGCUGUCGGAGGCCAGCUUCAGCGAGUGCAAGUUCAGCCUCUCGCUCACAGACCUGUUCGUCAUCAUCUUCUCUGGCGUGGCUGUGUCCAUCGUCGCCAUCAUCUCCAGCUUCUUUCUGGCCACCGUGGUGCAGUGCUUCCAGAGGUGCGCCCCCAACAAAGACACUGAGGACGAAGACGAGGAUGAGGACGACUGAGCCACCCGCACCCCCUCCUUGCUCUCCAGAACCCCAGCCCAUGGCUCUCCUCCGAGGGAAAUGCUGGAAACGGAGAAGAAUUGACCAUCAGUGACCAGAGCAGCGCCUGCUCUGAGCCUUGCCCCCUGGGCGCACCCGCUGAGACCUCUGAUCUCGGAGUUUAGAAUCCGCAGAGCGAAGGAGUCCAGGAAGGAUUCCCGGAGGAGAGCCUGCCUCUCGGCUUGAGGUGCGUGUGGGGAGAAGAUGACCGAGUCAGGUUUCAGAGCCGACAGCUGAAAACAGCGCAGGGGAUGUGAAGACUGGCAGCUCUCACCUGCAGAGAUGACUUUGUGCCGUCCAUUUCUCUGACCUGGACCGCAGGACCAGGCAGCCUCUCCUUCCUCCUGAGAGGCAGCAACCUAGACGGUGGGGAUUGGAGUUCAGGUCCGUCUCCAUGGGAGCAGGACUUCUGCCCCUUCUGGAAUAGGCUUUGGCCACCUUGGGGUGUUACACAGAGAACAACCCCACGUCUGGCUAAAAUGGCACCGAGGAAAAAGCUAAGACCUGGCCGAAGGGUGUUUGUUGUUAUAUUUUGGUGAGCAGGUCAGAAAAACAUUUGUUGACAGAACUCAAACCCUGGUCCUCAUCCUAAGAGGUAGCAACUGGUAAAGGAAGAACAGUUGUUUUUGUACAAUCACGAUGGCCUCUGCUCAGAGUCACUCUUCCCUCUGAAGUACAGCCAAGUUGCUUCCAUCUUGCCCCGCCACCUCCUUCAGCCUUGAGUCCCCCCUCAACUGAAUAACGCCCGUUCAUUCUCUGUGCUGGCACGGUUCCAGACUUGUCAUCUCCGGAACUUGUGAUAAACUUUCCUGGAGGCCAGGAUUCCAAAAAGCAGGUUAUAUUGGACCAAUAAAAUGUUAAAAAAAA